AUGUCCAAGCGCACAAAGAAAGUCGGGAUUGCCGGCAAGUACGGUGUCCGAUACGGCGCCUCACUCCGAAAGCAGCUCAAGUGCAUUGAAACUACUCAACAUGCCCGCUACCUCUGCCCCUCCUGCGGCAAAAACGCAAUCAAGCGGGUUUCCACCGGUAUCUGGAAAUGCAAUGGGUGCAAUAAGACUGUGACUGGAGGCGCCUACCUUCUCUCGACACCUGCUGCAACAACGACUCGUUCAACGCUUCGUCGGCUCCGCGACCUCAAGGAAGGAAAGGUUUGA